AUGAAAAAAAAUAUUAAAGACGAUAUUUUUAAACUUCCAUUUGAGCAUGGAUGGAAACGAGAAUUAGUAUACAGAAAAUCAGGAAAAUCUGCUGUUGUUAAUCGAGCCAAUAGAAGAGCUGAUGUAUAUUAUCAUUCUCCAAAUAACCAAAAACUACGAUCAUUACGAGAUAUUCAGGAACAAUUGGAUAUGUCAUCUGAUAAAACUUCUCUGACUUUGGACUGUUUCACUUUUAUAUCACAACCAAUUGGCUUAAAUGAUAGAUCAAAAGAACUGAUUAGAAAUGCACAUUUCAAAUUAUUUAAGAAAAACGCUUCUGUUAGUGCUGCUGUUAAACCUAAAAAAUCUAAAACACCUAAACAGCGCCCACCAUUUGAUUAUGAAUUGAAAGGUAAUGGAAACAAAAAAUCUGCUAGUAAAAUGAAAAUUGUUUUUAAAACUGCGAAAACUUCUUCAAGAUCAAGUUCCAAAAAAGGGAAUGCAGAAUCAAUAGAUACAUCUUCAUCCACAACUGAAUACAUAUCUGAAAACCUGCAAGCUAUUCAAUCUAGUGUAUCGACAAAAGUUUCUCCUAAACUUGAGAACAUUGAUUUAAAUACCACAAUUAUGAAAAGACGGAAUUCUGAAAUGAAUGGUUCAUUUAAAGAAAUGUCAACUCCUUUGACAUCCAUGCAAACAUUCAACUACAUGGUUAAAGCAUUGGGACACGUUUUUAAAUAUUUAAAUACACAUGAGCUUUUAUCCGCUUCUAGAGUAUGUACCGCCUGGAAUAUAAUUGCAAUGAACAAGUCAUUAUGGAAAAAUUUUCGUUUAAAAAAUUCUAUGGUCUAUGACUGGGAAAGGUUUGUAGACUCUAUUGAUCAACAAAGAACUAAUACGUUAGAUACUAGACAAAUGUUGAUACCUGUAAAAGUUGAUGAAUUCAAAAAUGUUUGGUUACAUUUUUCCAAAGCAAUGAAAAGAGCACAGAAGUUAAAAUUCAUUGAAUUGUAUAGAUGUCCUACCCAUGUAGUUGAAGAUAUUAUUCACUCAUUACCUCAACUUGAAGUACUUAAUGCAACUUCAAUAAAAAAUCCAAAUGUAACAAAAGAGGCAAACAAUCCCCAUGAUCUUAUGGCCCUAAACUUAAAUUAUUUAGACCAAAUGACAAACCUCACUGAGUUAAGAUUAAAAGGUUUGACUGGAAUCAAAUUAACGUCAUUGCCAUCAUUUGAAAAUUUAAUAAAUUUAAAAAAAUUUUCAUUAACCUCCAUAAAUUCAUUUCCAAAAGACAUCUGUGAGAGUUUAGAUACUAUUACUGAUAACAUAGAGUUUUUGGAAAUUGGUGAUUGCGAUUUCUUAUCAAAAGAUUUUGCUGUGUCACUAAAAAGAUUUGUCAAUUUGAAAUCGUUGAGAUUGGAAAAUUGUUACGGUAAAUGGAAAAGUUAUACACAAGACGUUUUUACUGCUAUUAGGGGUCUUGAAAAGCUCACUAUUCUGGAAUUGGUAAACAUAGAAUUCAGUAAUUGUGUCGAAGAUGAAUUGGAAAAAUGUGUUGGUAUUAAAGCUUUACUAAUUAUUCCUACUUAUAUGAGCAAAUCUGCAACUACCAAUUGCCACUUGAUUGACUGCCUCGAGAAACUCUCCAAGACAUUAACACACUUGGUUUGGGGAUUGACUCUUGAAUUACUCCGUGUUACUGACAUAAUAAUACCUGCAUAUCAACAAAACCAGCAUAGUAUUGGUAAUAAUUUAGAAUUACCCCAUACCAAAGAAAAGACCAACUACAUACCUAUACUAAAGACAAGAAAACCCAGACAGCGACCAGGAGAAGAGCCUGCUCCUGAAAAGGACAAGAAAAAAGACAAAUUAGAUGACAUUAAUUUACUUUCAGUUCCUGAUCUAGAGAAAUUGUUAGAUACAAUGAUACCGGAUGCUAAAACUAGGGUAAUUAAGAUUCCCUUUUCGAGAACAGUUAGAGUUUAUUUGAGUGAACAGUUUAAUUAUCUUUGA